GUCAAUCCGCUAUAGUUUGCUCAUUCGUUCGUCGUUCGUUGCUCGUGUAGUACUUGUGCGUGAGUGCGGAAUUAUUCAUAUAUAAAGUUAUAACACCGUCGCCAUCUUUAAUCUUCUUCACUUGAAGAAAAGGUUGUGAAAAUUAACAAAUAAUUUAAAAAAAUACUAUUGAAAGUUAUUUCUUCGCAAGAAGAUACAUAACUUUCAAACAUUUCCAUUUAGAUACUCAAAACUAAUAAAGUACUUGCUUUUUAGCUUGUUCUAAAUUGGUUAAAUUUAUGUGUGUGCUUUGUUGAUUAUUAUUCAGUCUUUGCAACAUUCGGAAAUUCUAAGUUAAAAAUUUUUUGUAAAUUAAAAUGUCUCCAAGCGUUAAACAAGUAAAUAAUAAUAGUACCAAAAAAAUGGCUUUCCGUGGCAAUCAGAAUCGCAACCGCAAUUUCGGCGGUAAUAAUUAUGGCAGCGGACCGAUGGGUGGUGCCAACCGUAUGGGCAACAUGAAUAUGUCUCCAUGGGACACUCCAAAUGCUGGUGGCAAUUUUGGCGGUGGUAAUAUGCGUCAAGGCGGCGGUGGCCAAGGCAUGAAUGCUCAGGCCAUUAAUUUGGCAAAUAAUUUGCUAAACAACUUGUUCAGAAAUCAAAAUCCACCAUCUCUGCUGGAUUUGCCACGCGGCGGUGGUGGCGGUAUGGGCAAUCGCAAUCAACGCGGCGGACCGAUGGUCAAUCGUGGUGGUGUUCCUGGCAAUCGCAUGAAUAAUCGCCGUGCUCAAGGAGGUUUUCAAAACCGUGGCGGUGCUGGUAAAUCGGCACAAAAGCAAGGCGCUGGCGGCAUUCGCAAGCAGAAUGCUUUUGAUCGGGCUAAGAAACUUUUGGCCAAAAAUGCCAACAAUAACAAAAAGAAGGAUUCCGCUUCUGGCGAUAAGAAAACUGAGAGCAAGGAGUCACCCUAUGCCAGCGUGCCCAACGACAUGUUCUAUUGUCAUUUGUGUAAGAAGCACAUGUGGGAUGCCAACUCAUUUGAGAAUCACAUUAAGGGACGCACUCAUUUGAUGAUGCGCGAAGGCAUCGAGGAGAGCUAUCGCCUAAAGGCCAAUAUGAUUCGUGAAGAGGCUAAGAUCGCCGAGCAAUUGAAAUCGAUUGAAUUGGAUCGUUUGAAGCGCAUGGGCAAGACCAAGCAGCGUCAAUUAGAAUACUGUACUAUGUGCGAUCUGAAUUUCCAUGGUCAUAUUUCGGCUCAUCGUAAAUCGGAAGGCCAUUUGAGUUUGAAGAAAUUCUUGCAUCCAAAAUGUAUUGAAUGCAAUAAGGAAUUUGCUACACGCAUCGAUUACGAUACUCAUUUAUUGUCGGCCGAUCACUUGCAGAAGGCAGCCGAGAAGAAUACUAAAGUGGGUGAACGUAAACGUAACACAUUGACGAUUCAUACCGAGGAGGAAGAAUCUAAGGACUUGCGUCCACCACAAAAGAAGAGGAAGAAGCCUGCUGCCAAGAAGGCUGAAGGUGAGACUACUGAAGUUAAGAAAGAGGGUGAAGAGGGCGCUGAAGGUGAAGAAGCCGAAGGUGAAGAUGCUGAGAAGAAAGAGGGUGAAGAGGGCGCUGAUGAGACUAAAGAGGGUGAAGAUUUGAAUGAAACUCAAGAAGAGGAAGAAGUCGCUUUACCCGUCGAUCCUGAGGAUUGCAUUAUCGACUUUAGUGAUGGCGAUGAGAUUCCAACUGAAGUCGACACACGUCUACCCAAAUACAAUUGGACACGUCCGGUCGGCGCUGGUCUCAUCACCAAAUUGGAAUGCUACGAAUGCUCUCUGUGCGGCAAAUUCUUCGAUACCGAGAAGACCGUUGAGGUGCAUUCACGUACCGUUACACAUCAUCGCAACUUCUUGAAAUUCAUCAACGAGAAGUCGAGCGAUACAAAGAUUGCUCAAAAGCGUGCUGCAGCCGCUUUGGAAGAGAGUGAGCGCAAGAAGCGCAAGUUGGAAGAAGCUGAGGCCGCUGCCACUGAGAUUAAAACUGAAAACGGCGAAGCCGCUGAAGGCGGUGAGGGUGAGCUGUACGAUCCAUCUGAAGCUACUGGCGAUGAUGAGGAUGUUGAGAUGAAUGAGAACGGCGAAGGCGCCGAAGGUGCUGAAGGUGAUGAAGGCGAAGAGGAGGUUCUCGGUGAUGAAGAGAUGGAGGCACAAGAGCAAGAACAAGAGCAGGAGGUUGAAGAGGAAGCCGAGCCAGAGCCUGAGCCCGAACCAGAGCCAGUUAAGGAACAACCCAAACCCGAACCCGUCAAGACAACACCAGCCGCCAAACCAGCGCCAGCAACACCUGUGGCGACCACACCCACACCCGCUGUUGUUGAUAAUUCGCCUGCAAAGAAGGCGACACCUGCACGCGCCACACCAAAAGCAACGCCGCGUGGUCGUGGACGUGGACGUUACAAUCGCUACUAAGCAUGCAAGUAAUUUUGAGUUUAGAAGUGACGACAUUAUUGACAUCGUCGGCAUCAAGACACCUUUUAAACUUUAUCAACAACAACAAACAGAUAAUGAUAGCAUAACUUAUUACUAGAUAAAAGAAAAAAAAAGCAUAAAUGAUUUCCAUUAUUUAAGUUUAGUUGUACUACUUUCAAAAAUUAUAUUUAAACGUACAUAAAACAAAAGACGUUAUGUUUUGCAACUUGACAAGAUAUAAUAAAAAAUAAUAAAUUAAAAAACUACAAUUCAAUAUACAUAUAUACACAUAAUUAUUAUUAUUUUGUUCACAUCAAUUAUCUCUAUUUGCAAUAUCAUUUAUUAAUUGCAAUACCAUUUAUUUAUGAGAGACACACAUACACUUACGUAUUAAGCAAUUUGCAAUCUUCCAGUAAAUGGACUAUUUGAACAAAGGAAAGAGCAAACAAACAAAAAAAAAAGAAAAAGAAAAAAUUUGAAUGAAAAGUGGAUAAAAAAUUUAGUAAUUCAAUUAGAAGAAAAAAUCGACUUGGAAAUAACAUUAAAAUACAUAGGAAUGGGGCAGACGUGUCGCAAAUGCAAGUGUUUGCUAGGGCGUGAAUGAGAAUAUUUGAACCAUGGAUGUUUGUCUUGAAGUGCGUGGUGGUUUUGAGUCGCAUACCGUAGAGGCAGUACUUAAUUCGGUGUACACUGGACUUGCUAUAUUUAUGCAUUAUAUAAUGUAAAAGCAUAUUUUAAGAGGUAAAUAAAACAACCUUUAGAUGUAUAAAACUUAA